CUCCCAUGCUCCGGUAAGGUCGUCGCAGUUCUCGAAGGGCUCCGGAGAUAGGGGUCAGUUAUGCAUACGUUCGUUCGAGUAUACGCAUGUACAAACCCGUCCGUUUCCCCUCGUAUAUGAAAGCAAACACCUGUUCGCGGUGCGGUUCGGGUAGACGUUUCUGUUGGUCACCGCGGUCCCCCCUUCCCGACAAUGGGGAGCCGACUUCCCGAGUGCCGCUUCGACGCUUUGCCCGACAGCUCCGUUUUGUAGUAAAGAGUUCCACAGCCCUACAGCGCGGUCGUGGUCGAGUACAACGCGAGGUAGAUCCAGGUCGAACGUGGUGCAUGGAGUGUGAAGUGCGUCGUGUAUGAUACGUAUACCGCCCGAUCAAAGCUGGAAAAGUAAUGAGGAAAUGAUUUUCCAAUAUUCCGUGCUUACGACUGUUACGGGAGUGAAGACAAGUGUAAGUUAGAAGAGUGACUAGCCGCACCGAUCGAUAAGGACUGCCAGGGGUGUGUGAUUCGUAAAGCUCUUUGUGCUUCUCGUCGCAAGCAACGCUGACUAAUCGAGUGCGUGGUGAAUCGAGAGAAGAUUAAACAAUACAAGGUGUUAAUGAAAAAGGGAGGCUGCUGAGAGGAAUCUUUAGUCUUCCCGCGCGAGGAAAUCGCGCAUAUAUGAACGACGCGUUUCCGCCGAGUGUAUUUUGUGAUGCAUCGGGCGACGGAAUCAAUGGACGAUGAUCUUGAAUUGCCAUGGGGCGAAACGUGUUGAGGAUCUUGCCGCUCCUCUGUUGCAUGCUGCAGCCGCACGUCGGCCAACUAAUUCGAGACAAGCGAUGCUUCCUAGACACUGGAGCCACCGCGGCGCAUCUCUUCGUCAGCGAGGAUCUACCCGUUGGCGACAUCGUCGGAGUCCUUGGAGUACUCGGUGAUCCUAGCGUGCAGGGUGACAUCGCGCUGAGCUUGGAGGUGAACGAUAAGGAUGUCCCCGUCGCAAUCUCGCCGUAUUCGAAAAAUUUGACGCUCAUCAAGCCACUCGAUAAGGAGGGCGUGGAAGGUCCAGCCAGCGUCAUCAUCAACGUCAUCUGUAAAAGAAAGCAUACCUUAGAUCCGGAAAUUUGCAUACCAGUGAACAUUCGCGUGCUUGACGUGAAUGAUAACUCGCCGCAAUUCAUCAAUGCGCCUUAUGUGCUGAAUAUUUCCGAGGUUACUGUCGUCGGCACGAGAGUUCUACAAGGAGUUCGAGCUGUGGAUGCUGAUCAACCUGGAGCGUUUUCCACGGUGCAAUAUACAGUGCUGCCAGGAGCUCACUCGGAUUACUUCGUCUUUGUGAACGCCUUGGAAGGUACUCUUGUCCUGAGGAAAUCGCUGGACUAUGAAACUCUCACUAACUUCUCCGUUGGCAUUCGUGCCCAAGACCAAGGUAAUCCGCCUAGAUCGUCGACUACAACAUUGUACGUCAACGUUAUCGACGCUGAUGAUCAGAACCCAGCUUUCUUGAACGAUCAAUAUAAGGUCACUGUACCUCGUCAUGUGAAAGAGGAAAAAUCACUGAGAAUACUUCCUACCGCGAUAAAGGCCGUGGAUCAGGAUGUCGGCAUAAAUGCGCCGGUCCGAUACACUAUUCAAGGUGGGAUUCUUCCUUUCUUGAACUUAGAUUUCAAGACUGCCGAAAUUGCUAUGAUACGAUCGUUGCACGAUCACGAGCUAAUAUCGCCAGCAACUAUUGUGAUCAAGGCUACCCAAGUGGACAAUCCUGAUAGGUAUGCUCUCGCUACAGUCGUUGUAUCGCGAGAAGACGGAGUCGGCUCAACGGCUGGUGGUCGGUUACCUGUGAAAUUUAUGCUGAAGGAUCAUCAAACGAGCGUGCCAGAAGACACGCCAUCUGGGAGUGUUCUUCUAACGACAAAAGUCAACAAUAUCGAUCCUGGCUUGAGAUUUUGGCUGAUGGGCGCAGUGGAGGAUCUCGAGCGAUUCUCCAUCACCAAUUCCGGCGAGUUAAUUCUUAAAGGUAAACUGGAUUACGAGCGACGCAUCCAGCAUAGCUUUUUGGUUCACGUCACCGACGGAUAUCACAAUGACACGUCACGUGUAAACAUUUCGGUCGAAGACGUGAAUGAGUGGGAACCUCGAUUCCGACAUCCUCGAUAUGAAUUCCAUGCUCGUUCCGUGAGAGAAGGCUCUAUCGUUGGGAAACUGGAAGCGGCCGAUGGCGACAGAGGCGACAAAGUCAGCUUAUCCCUCAGAGGACCGGAUGCAAGAUCUUUCGAGAUAAAGGAUAACGGGGAAUUGGUGCUAAGUUCGCCGGGUCCUUUCAACGGAUCUUUGGCUCGAUUGGUAGCAGUAGCAUCUGACACUGGAAAGCCACCCAGAUCCAGUAUGAUUCCGGUAAUCGUUCACAUACCGGACGGCGGAUCGUUGCCGAUCGCAGCGAGAGCUGCGCCCGCUUGGCUCGGAAGCAGCGUGCUGUUGGUCGCCAUCUUCGCUGCGGUUUUGGGUCUCCUUGGAGUUGUCAUACUGAUCCUCAUCCUUUACAUUUACAAACAUAAAAGACCCAAAAGCGGUGGUUCAGUCAGCUCUGUGGGUACCGGAUAUCGCGAGAAAUCACCAGUUCCUUCAGCUCUAAGCCCGACGCCACAGGUACUAGGUGCCAACGUUCUCCAAGAUGUCCUGGAAGGCCCACGUAAUCGUCGUCACGAGAGCGACGGAAACGAGGAUGAUAACACCGAGAACCGCAACGAUAUAGAUAAUCCUGUCUUCGGAGAAAGCAACGAAAGCUCAUAUGGCGCUACAAUUAAAAGUAUAGCAUCGGCAAGGCAAUUACCAUUGUAUGCCAGACACAAAGUGGCACCCGCCCCGAAUCCGCCAACUUUAUCAGCAACUUCGAACAUUCCUAACAUCGGUGGACUAGUGCAAAAUAUGAACGACUUGAGCGCUAGGACGAAUCUGGAUGCGGGAUCUCAUGACUCUUCCAAUUAUUCCGGAGAUCCCCCGGAUUCUCUAGUGCCAGCGUGGCCUUCUAAUUCGGUUUUACCAAGAAUCAAAAAAUUAUCCUGGGAUGACGAUGACAGGACCGUGGACAGUGUUGAAGUUGCGGCGGAAACGCGAGCCGGAAGCAGUCAAGCUGGCAACGAGAGGCUCAAUCUCACCGUGUACUUUUAACGAUUAAUUACUGUUAAUACGAGAGAUAUGUUUCAAUUGUGAAUGGCGAAGGAUUGUCGUAAGCGUUAUUUGAUUAGUCUAGUUAAAUAAAGUCUCGUUGAUGUCGAAA